CAAAGCCGCGCUCCCGAAGCUGUUGUUGUGUCUCAGGCCCCAACCAGAAUAUGGAUUCCUUGCGAUCGCUUACAAGGUGGAUUGGGCAUUCUGCUCAGGACACCGACAAGGAAGAGAAGUUUGAUCCCAGAGUGCAUCUCUGCUAUCUUCCACCGCAGAAGAAGAUCAGCAUGCAAGAUUUGCUAUUGCAGCCUAGUCCAACCGCAUCUCCCAUUGCAGGAACCACACCGUUCUCUUUGCUAUCACCAAAGGGCGUAAGAGCCUAUCGAAAGGCGCUGUUCCAGCAGGAAAUUAUAGAUCAAUGCGCAAGCUCACCGUUUCCCGGGACUUUAGUGCUUCGUAAUGCAGUCAAGCACUCCCAGUUUAUCAAAGACUUCUGGACACACCCUGAAACAAUGAGAAUUGUUUCUGACGCAUGCGGUGUGCCUUUGGAGAUUGUCAUGCCCACCGAGAUUGCGCAUACCAACAUUCAGGUUGAGGGAGCCACGAUAUCAGAAAUGACGAGCAAUCUGAAGGUUGAGCCGUCGGUGGAACAACUUGAUUUAACCCCCGAAGAUCGAGCUUAUGACCCUCUGAAAGAUGAAAGCUCCAUCAUUCCCUGGCACUACGACUCUUAUCCCUAUGUCUGUGUUCUAAUGCUAAGCGAGACGCACGGUAUGGUUGGAGGGGAAACUUAUAUCAAAAAAGGGAAUGGCGAAGCUCAAAAGGUGGAGGGUCCCAAAAUGGGGUAUGCGGUGAUGCUCCAAGGAGGCGAAGUCGAGCACCUGGCUGCUCGAGCCAAAGGGGUCAAAGAACGCAUAUCGACCAUUACUUCGUACCGGUCAAAGGUUCCCAACGUGUACGACUCCAGCUACCUGUCCAAUGUGCGGCCGUAUGCGGACCUUGGUUCUCUAUACCCUGGAUGGGCACAAUACCGGCUGCGAAAGCUGAGAGACGAAAUCACGCACUCUCUCAGCAAGCUUGAGAGCCAGCACGGCUCUUGUUUCCAACCUGAAGAGCUGCAGUCUAUCAUAGUACGGCAAAUCGAUUACAUGCAACAGACCUCACGCCAAAUGGUCCCCGUAGAGUAUCAUGAUCGAAUCCUGAAGAAGUAUGGCAAAGCAGUAUACUACAACGUGUCGGCAAUAUGGAAAGCCGUUCAAUCUCUUCCUGAGUUUGAAAGCCUUGCAUCUUCUGCCGACCAGAGGCGAGCCUGGAUGCCGGAGAGUGCCUACUGGUUCGAUCUCCAAACAACGAUUGAGAGGAUCCGUUUGGGCCAGCCACUGCAGAGCAAUUUUGGAUUUCGUCCCUGGACGGAGAGUAGGAAAUACUAUAUGGGCGAUGAGCUUCUACGGCAAGGCUUGAAUGAGGUGUUCUUGGAUUGGUUAGGGUUCUCAGGUCUCUGGGAUCUUUACUCUGCCAGCAUUAAAUAAGCAUAUAGUCAUCUAGCCGGAAUACCGUCUUUUCUUUUUUGUUUGCUUUUACUUGAUUAACCAUGCAUAGGUUUCAUUCACACACAUUCUAGACGCCCCGACAACGCCCACCCUUGCUAAGACCCGCGAAUUCCCGUCACCUUACACUGGAUAAGUUUCAAGCAGCCGUAUAUCGCGCGCAAGAAAGGAGUUUCGCAGCCCAAGUCCUCCGCCAAGCGCAGGGGGUUGCCAACAAUAGCCUCGAUCUCCAUAGGUCUUCCACGGUCCGCGUCAACCAGCAUGCUU